AAGUAUGGUGGGGGUAGGGUUGUGAUUGUACCUCGGCGGCGUUAGGGACCUUCUGCGAAGGUGUCAUGGCUGCUGCCACGGAUCUUAGUCUCCCAAACAGCAAUGACAGGAGCCCAGAGCGGAGCUGCAGCCCCAGUCUCUCCCGAGAGGUACUGUGCGAAACCUUCCGCUCCCUGCACGCCUUGGCUGAACAGCUUAACCUCAAAGAUGAUGUGGUGAAAAUUACAAUCGAUUGGGACAAGCUCCAGAGCCUCUCGGCAUUCCAGCCUGCAUUGCUCUUUAGAGCACUUGAGCAACACAUUUUAUAUUUACAGCCUUUUUUAGCAAAACUUCAGCCUGUGAUUAAAGAGGAGAACUCAGCUGCUGUUGAAGAGAAAGAAAAAACAGAAGCAGGGACCCAGAAUGAAAUAAAUGCCAAAUUUCCUAGUGGUGAUCAACAAGAGGAAGAAAAGCACAAAGACUGUGAUUUAGGAGAUGUGAAAAAGACACAAAUCCAUUUUGAUCCAGAAGUAGUUCAAAUAAAGGCUGGAAAAGCAGAAAUUGACAGAAGAAUAUCUGCAUUUAUUGAAAGAAAGCAAGCUGAAAUCAAUGAAAACAACGUCAGGGAAUUUUGCAAUGUUAUUGAUUGUAAUCAAGAAAAUAGUUGUGCAAGAACUGAUGCUGUUUUUACACCUUACCCUGGAUUUAAAAGUCAUGUAAAGGUUUCUAGAGUUGUGAAUACAUAUGGACCACAAACUAGACCUGAAGGAAUUCAAGGGUCGGGUCAUAAAUCUAACAGCAUGCUUCGAGACUGCGGGAAUCAGGCUGUUGAAGAACGACUGCAAAACAUUGAAGCUCACUUACGAUUGCAGUCAGGUGGUCCAGUGCCAAGAGACAUUUAUCAGAGAAUUAAAAAACUUGAAGAUAAAAUCCUUGAAUUAGAAGGCAUCUCUCCUGAAUAUUUUCAAUCUGUGAACUUUUCUGGAAAAAGAAGAAAAGUUCAGCGACCACAGCAGAACUAUUCACUGGCUGAACUUGAUGAGAAAAUUAGUGCCCUCAAACAAGCCCUUCUCAGAAAAUCAAGAGAAGCAGAGUCUGUCGCAACUCGCCACCUUCCAUGAAAAUCUCCUCUCCUCGUCACUUAGUGUUUUUUUUUUUUUUUAUGUACAUGUGUAUAACUUACUCUGUAAUUAAUUAAAUGUAUAUGUAUUUAUCAAUGUGAACUUCUCUGUGAAGUCAAGGUUUAUUUCACGAGUCUAGCUUGCAGCAAAUACUUUGCAAGUAUUCCAGUGGGUUUUGAAAUUAUGAAUGUUUUAAAAAUAGAAUUAUUGAAAACUGUCCUCUUCUGUUUUCAAAUAGACAUUUUGGAAAUUUAAAAACUUAAUUUGUAAGUACUUUUUUUAGUAGACUACAGAAAAGAUUAUUAUGAUACUGGUAUUUUAAAGGACUUUUUAAUGUUGAUCAACCAGUUUAUUAGUUUAAAUUAGUACUUUUAACAACUUAGUGAAUUAAACUGAAUUUUUAAUGUGUAUGCUUGAAAUUUUCUUUUUCAGAUGUCAGUGUUAAUGUAAAUAAAUAAUAAUCCAACUUUAU